GACUUGGCUAAUCACCCUACUAAAGACACUGUCAAAUUAUUGACUUGCUUGCUCGAGAAAAUUGCCACUGAAAACGACCACCAUACAGCGGGGUCUUCCAGCCAAGAUAUUCUCUCGGUAUCACAUUCACCUUACACUUGUUUUCAUGCGAGGUCUAUCCCUACCAUAACUCUCCAGGCUUACUUAGUCAGGAUCUUAAAGUAUUGUCCGUGCGCCAAUGAAUGUCUUUUGGCUCUGUUGGUUUAUUUUGAUCGUAUGGCUGUCGAUGAUUCCAACCAAGCCUCUCUUCGUAUUAAUUCUUAUAAUAUUCAUCGAUUGGUUAUUGCUGGGAUUAUGGUAUCUAGCAAAUUUUUUUCAGACGUAUUUUAUACCAACACUCGCUAUGCAAAGGUCGGAGGACUUCCGGUGGCCGAACUCAAUACGCUUGAAUUGGAGUUCUUGCAUCUCAAUCACUAUUCCCUUUUUAUAAAUGUUGACGAGUUGCAACAAUACGGGAAUAAGGUCCUCCUGAAUUGG